AAAGCUGAGAGACUAUGGGUAGAAACACAGUGUCAUCUCUACAUACACAGUUCUGGAAAUCGUAGGUAAAGAUUAACAUUAGUUUUAGCUGGUUGGGAGGUACUGGCAGGUAGGUACAAAGCUAGCGGGUGCUUACCAAAGAGCACAAGAUUGUUUGUCACUAAGAAUACAAAACUGGUUGUCCUAAAGCUAGGGACUACUGAUUUAAUAUAACCAUAUUUAGAAAGCUGCUAGCAACAACUUUGCUGACAGAAAACAAGGCUCGUGUUGGCUUUGCAUGCUGGGAAAUGGAGUUCCUGAGCACUCUGGUUCUGGUGGGAUUGAUGGUGGUUCUGCUGGCGUACCUCAGCUGGAAGGGCAGAAAGGGCAUCCGUCUUCCCCCAGGCCCCACUCCUCUGCCCCUGUUGGGAAACUUGCUCCAACUAGACAAGAAAGCGCCAUUCAAGACCUUCAUGAAGCUGAGUGAGACCUACGGGCCGGUUCUGACCGUGUACCUUGGACCUCAGCGGACUGUGGUUCUGGUUGGGUUUAAUACUGUGAAAGAGGCUCUUCUGGACCAAGCUGAUGACUUCACUGGACGAGCUCCUUUGCCAUUCCUGAACAGAGUCGUAAAAGGAUACGGUUUGGCGAUCAGUAAUGGCGAGCGGUGGCGGCAGCUCCGGCGCUUCACGCUGAGCACUCUCAGAGACUUCGGAAUGGGCCGCAAGAGGAUGGAGGAGUGGAUCCAGGAGGAGAGCAGACACCUGGUCGACAGCCUGAGUAGCACAAAGUCCACGCCCUGUGACCCCACCUUCUUCCUCAGUCGGGCAGUGUCCAAUGUGAUCUGUGCUCUGGUGUUCGGCCAUCGGUUUGACUACCAGGACGACAGCUUCCUGCACCUCCUCAAGACCUUCUCUGUGGCCGUGCGAUUUGGCAGCAGCCCCUGGGGGCAGCUGUACAACGUGUUUCCGCGGCUGAUGGAGUUCCUGCCGGGGAAACAGCACAGCAUCUUCGCUGGGCUUGACAACUUGAGGGUGUUCGUCAAGGAGAGGAUCCAAAAACACAAGGACACUCUGUGCCAUGAAUGCCCCCGGGACUUUAUCGACUGCUAUCUCAUCAGGCAGAACAAGGAAAAGGAUAGCCCCACGAGUGAGUUUAACUACGACAACAUGGUAGGCACCGUUCUCAACCUGUUCCUGGCGGGGACGGAGACCACCAGCACCACCCUGCGUUACAGCAUUAUGAUGCUCAUAAAGUAUCCACAGAUACAAGAACGUAUCCAGCUGGAGAUCGACACUGUGAUUGGACGAGAGAGGCUCCCCCUGAUGGAGGACAGGAAGUCCCUCCCCUUCACUGAUGCAGUGAUCCAUGAGGUGCAGCGCGUCCUGGACAUCGUGCCUCUCAACAUUCCUCAUUAUGCCACCCAUGACAUCUCAUUCAAGGGCUACACCAUUCCAAAGGAUACAGUGAUCAUUCCCAUGUUGCACUCUGUGCUGAGGGAUGAGCAGCAGUGGGAGACCCCUUGGUCUUUUAACCCGGGUCACUUCCUGGACCAGAAUGACAACUUCAGGAAGAGCCCAGCGUUUAUGCCCUUCUCUGCAGGUAAGCGGAGCUGUGUGCUGUGUGUUACCUGUACAGGUAAGCAGAGCUGUGUGUCGUGUGUUACUUGUACAGGUAAGAGGAGCUGUGUGUCAUGUGUUACUUGUACAGGUAAGCGGAGCUGUGUGCUGUGUGUUACCUGUACAGGUAAGCAGAGCUGUGUGUCGUGUGUUACCUGUACAGGUAAGCAGAGCUGUGUGUCGUGUGUUACCUGUACAGGUAAGCAGAGCUGUGUGUCGUGUGUUACCUGUACAGGUAAGCAGAGCUGUGUGUCGUGUGUUACCUGUACAGGUAAGCAGAGCUCUGUGUGUCGUGUGUUACCUGUACAGGUAAGAGGAGCUGUGUGUCGUGUGUUACCUGUACAGGUGAGUGGAGCUGUGUGUCGUGUGUUACCUGUACAGGUAAGCGGAGCUGUGUGGGCGAGUCCCUGGCUCGGAUGGAGCUCUUCCUCUUCCUGGUGGCCCUGCUGCAGCGCUUCACCUUUACCUGCCCAGGUGGGGCCGACAGCCUGGACCCCACCCCCGAGGUCAGCAGUUUCGCCAGCCUUCCUCGGUCGUACGAGCUCAUCGCUACCCCCCGCUGAGCGCGUGCAGUACUGCAACGCAUUUCCAUUCCAAAAACCCGGGAAGAGAUUCUCUUACACCGCCCAGAUCCAGCUGAUCAUGUGACUUUCAAGGACAUAUACUUAAAACAGUCUUUACGUCGGGGGUCCCCCAAGUCUGCUCCUAGAGGACCUCUGGGUGCUCUGCUUUUUAAAGGGGUAUCACCUGGGAAACAGGGCAACACCAAUAAAAACCAUUACAGUUUUCAGUUUCACUGCUUUUGCUUUGAAUGUGUGAAUUUCCGUACACACCAGGUGUGUUGAGCUCUACUCCUGGAAGGAAUACAUCUGGCGUUUGUCCUGGCUUUUACUGUCAUCCGUUUCUUCGGCUUAAUAUUCUAGACGGCCGUGUGCACCUGUGCUGUCUCCCGCUAAUGAUGUCAUCAAACAUGUCAGAUAAAUUAUUCAAUCAGCCCCAUACUUUUAUUUUAAGUGCAAACGCUGUCACGAAAUCCGCAGAAGCAGAAUCAGCCCUGGUUAUGUCCCCUGGCCUACACCACAGCGACGGUUUUGUUGCUGUUCUGAAUAUGAAAUGUAUACUUUUGAGGCAUUUAACAGAGAACUGAAAUAUGAACAUGCAUGAAAUUAUGAUGCAACAAACAAAUUAAUCUCAUUUAUUAGUCCCCACAUGUAUAGCACAUUGGUAAAACAAGCACUUCAUCAUAAUUUCCCUUGCAGAACAGAACUAUAGUUUUAUGUACGGGGAUCCAAAAUAUUGUCAUUCUUGAUUUGUCUUUAUUUUUGUGAAAAUGGAAGGCUGUCCUGAUACAGUAAUAUAUUCAGUGUCUAUCGACACAUUCCAGUGGUACAAACUAGUUCUGAUGCAAUUGUGAAACAAGAGACUGUUCCUGGAAAGGUACAACAUAUUGCAAUUUUGUGAAACACACUGUGUUAUAUCACAUUUUACUAAAACUGCACCAGCUGCUGUGGUUUUACUGGGAUAUGUCUUGAUGUAAUCAUCAUUAUCAGCAAAAUGGCAAUAUUCUGCCUUAAUUGGAAAAUAUUUGGAGUGCCUCAGUAUAUCUGAAUGUAUUAUUCAUUAUAUUACAGUAUAUUUUUCAAUAUAUUGCAAUGUAUUUCUGUUGUUCUUACUAACCAUAUAUCUAUGUACAGUGAGCUGUGUUCCAGUAAUCAUUCAUGGAUUACAUGACGACAGUAACACAAAAAAUAUGUCCUGCACAGAAAGAAAAAAGCUAAACUGUUUUUCUGAAUCAGGAAUAUGUUAAUAGUCCAAAAUGAAAUUGGACAAGUUUGGGAUUUGUAACCUGGCAGCGAACAUCCGUACCAAAAAGAGGGCUAGAGGAUAUUCUCCUGUAAAAAUAAUUAUUCUAAUGUAAUUUUUCUAUUUUAAUAAAUAAAUAACCAUCAUCUCA